CUACCCACAAUGCUCGUGUUAUGAAUGGGGAUAUUGACUGCUGUUGAAUGGAACAGCAAAAUGUUUUAGGUUUUGUUUACCAUUUUGUGUUCGGGGUGGAAGUUAGGAUGUGUCUUGUAGUGACACGUAACUUCCGAUAAAACCACGCUGAUGUUCUGAUUGUAGAACAAGAAGAAGUUACUCUUGAGUGAGUUAAAAUAGAAAACAUGGCCGUCCAUGGCAAUGUACCAAGACAACAACAACAAGUCUCCAUGCCUCGCCUUAGAGAUUAUCAGCUAGACUUUGAUCUUUUCAAGCGUUUUAAUGAGAUACGACCCUAAGGUCAAUCCAUGUAGUAUGAAUCCUCUGUUUAGGCAAGUCUAGUUUUAGUUUGGUUAGGGUUUCGGUGGCCUGAAAAUGAAGACACCUGAAAUUACACGUUGUUGUUUCCCUGGUGUGAUUGAGUGCUUGUGUGAUGAUGGCACAGAGCUUAUUGGUUAUGAGGAAAUCCGCUUCCGUCACGUCAUGAUCUGGCGUUGAUUUCAGGAAAAUGUUUGGUCAAACUUCAGUGAAAAUUACUUUGCACAUUUACAGUACAGGGAAGAUGAAUUUUGAAAAUUAAAACCCCGUAGCUGUAGCAUAAUCUAGCCAUGGCAACUCCAAAGAGGUCACUGGCAUCAAAAUUUACUCAGGAAUCCAAGAAAAAAGAGUCUAAGAGUGACUCAGGGAAGUUGUUCAAGAAACAGAAAAGCAAGCGGGAUGGAUCUUCUAAGUUGAGUGUGCCUAGUGAAACAGAGGCCCCAUCCAAACCUUCUCCGACACAAGGCAAGCGAGGGAAAGAUGGUGAUGGAGUCAAGCAGAAGAAACUAAGUCCAUCCAGGACACUGGAUACUGCUGUUCAGCGGAAGCUGUUGUAUGAGGAAGAUGGUGGUGGAAGCAAACCUGGUCAAGUUGCUGGCCAGAAUGAAGGGAAAGGGAAGGUGACAAAAAUAGGAGGACAAAUAAAAGGAUGGUGUACUCCCAUAAAAUCCACAGGAAGCUUUGUCACUCAUGCCAACAUUGUGCUGCAGCCAGGGAGUAAGGAUGAGAAAACCGAAUCUCUUCUGAACUCCUCACAGCCUGAACGGUCAGGUGUGUCAACUACAGAUACUGCGAUGAUAAGUCAUAAGAAGGUUGUACACUCUGACCAGAAAAGUGAUGUUGACCAGACGAUCGAAAUCCUCAAAGAGGAGCCUAUGAUGACAGAGCCUACACCUGCUGAAGGUAUCCAACGCAAACUGUCAGAAAUAGUAGAUCCAAUAGCAGAGGAAACUGAAGUGUCACAAAUGGAGAUCGAUGAAGCACCGGAAGAGAUUAAAAGUCCAAAAUCACCAGUUGUACCGUCCAAACUCAGUAUGCAGUUACAAGAAAUGAUCAAGAAAGAGAACCGUCCCAAAAUAGUAGUGCCAGAAAUGAGAUUAGAUGAAGGGUCAGAGAAAACAAACCUGUCAAACUCACCCACACCUCUGAAGGGCAGCUCCUCCUCCUCUUUGCUCAUUCGGCUACACUCUAAAGAUGAGCACAGUGAUGAUGGUGACCCACGACACCGCGAGAGCCCGGACUGUAGCGAUGAUGGAAGCCUUGACAGCGAGCAGUGGCAUCAUUUCUCAAAGCCACUACAGAUUAUCACAUCUAUGCAGCGCAGGAAACAGUCCCUCAGCCGACACUCUAGUUCUCCGACUCAGAUUAACUGUCUCAGUCCGCGGGAAUUUCGUCAUUCUGUGGCUGCUGAGCACUUGGCAUUUGUGGAGUUCCUGAAGCGAUGUAAUUUGUCCCCUUGUCUGCAGUAUUUCCCCUCAAGGAUGUCACUAAAAAUGUUCAGAGCCACAACUGAGGAUGAUUUGGUCGACCUCUACCAGAUUGAGGACCCUCAGCUUCGUGAGCGACUGAUGAGGGCUGUAAACAUGGCCAGAGAGGAGGACGAGACGGACACAGAGUCGGACUGUGGACCUGUGGCUACCCCGUCCCCCCUUCAGUCCCCGCUGCCACGUAAAUCCAGGGAGGAGCUGCCAUUUGGGUUCCAUUGCAGCCUGCGCCGCUUACAACGCACCCUGUCUGAGGACACGAAGCGGCAUCGGCGAGACAGCAUGGGCUCGCAGAGCAGUCUACAUAUGCACACCCCUCAUCUCUCUCAUACGGUGGGUGCCUUGGUGGAGCCCACAAACCUAAUGAGGAUGAGAGGGACCCUCCUGGGUCAAUCCGCCCCGUCCCUUACCGCCAGUCUGCCAAAGUGUGUGGGUGUUCUGGGUCGACACCCGCCUCACCUGCCCCAUACCCAGCUAGACCACCAGAAGGAACUCAAUUUAAGCCGAAGAGGGAGUGCUCGUACUCAAGGAAGAAAGUCACUGAUUGGUCCAAACUCUUCUCCCACACUGCCACAUCGGUGCCACUCUCCACAACCCUUCACUGGAAGCCCGGUUGAAAGUCCACGGAAUUCUUCGCCAAAUCAACAAGGUCAUUUCGCAUUCCAUGCCAUCAAAAAGGCUGAUGGUAGGCGAUGGUCUGUGGCCUCCCUCCCCUCUUCUGGCUAUGGUACAAACACUCCAGGCAGCUCCAGUCUCUCUUCCCAGUAUUCAUCCCAUGAGAAGCUCCACCAGUUGCCUUACCAGCCCACGGCAGAUGAGUUACGGUUCCUGACACGACACUUUGGGAACCAAGACGGGGGCGGUGCCCAUGGGGAGGAGGAUGGGCGCUGGUCACCCUUGCUCCGCCCCCGGUCCCGUAGUCUAAGCCUUUCCUGGCUUGCACUAGAUAGUCCAGCACGAUCCCCAGGAGGUGAUUCUGAGAUUGUCAUGAUGAACAGCAUGUAUAAGGAGAGGUUUCCAAAGGCAGCCAUGCAGAUGGAGGAGAGGCUGCAGCAAUACAUCAACAGUAGCGCCAUGCUGGAGAACGCUGACUCCGAUGCCAUUGUGCGCUUUCUGCACCACCAGGUGAUGGAGCUGGCACGGGACUGUCUGGAGAAGUCCCAAAAUAAACUCAUCACCAGCACUUACUUCUACGAGCUUUCUGAUAGCCUUGAAAAGCUCCUACAAGACGCAAGAGAGCGGUCCACCGUUGCCUUUGAUUUGAUGUAUCCUAUAAUCAAAAAGUUUCUGCUGAUAAUUUCUAGACCUGCUCGUCUGCUUGAAUGUUUGGAGUUUGAUCCUGAAGAGUUUUACCACUUACUGGAAGCAGCAGAGGGACAGGCCAAGGAGACAACAAAAGCUGACAUUCCUCAGUACAUUAUUGCAAAGCUCGGCCUGAACCGUGAUCCCCUAGAGGAAAUCACGGACAUAGACGCCUGUGAGGAUCGACCAGACACCCCCGAGACAGACGAGUCUGGGGACCACAGCAAAGACAAGAAAGCCAAGUCUCCGUCUGAAGAUGAUUUUGAAAGUAUUAAGCUUAUCUCAAAUGGUGCUUAUGGUGCUGUGUACUUGGUGCGGCAUAAGGAGACGCGUCAGAGGUUUGCCAUGAAGAAGAUUUGUAAAGGGAACUUGAUUCUGAGGAAUCAGAUGGAACAGGUGUUUGCUGAGAGGGACAUCAUGACUUUCACUGACAACCCAUUUGUCGUCAGCAUGUAUUGUAGUUUUGAGACAAAGAAACAUCUAUGCAUGGUGAUGGAGUAUGUGGAAGGCGGGGAUUGUGCUACACUGCUGAAAAACCUAGGCCCUUUGCCUUUUGAUAUGGCCAGGAUAUAUUUUGCUGAAUCGGUGCUGGCUUUAGAGUAUCUUCAUAGCUACGGCAUAGUUCACCGUGAUCUCAAACCAGACAACUUGCUGAUAACAGCCACUGGUCAUCUCAAACUAACUGAUUUUGGCCUAUCCAAGAUGGGCCUCAUGAACUUGACAACCAAUUUAUAUGAAGGCGCUCUGGACAAGGACACAACCCAAUUUCGAGAUAAGCAGGUGUUUGGAACGCCCGAAUACAUUGCUCCUGAAGUGAUCUUAAGGAAGGGCUAUGGCAAACCAGUAGACUGGUGGUCAAUGGGAAUAAUCCUGUACGAGUUUCUGGUGGGUUGUGUCCCUUUCUUUGGGGAUACCCCUGAGGAGCUCUUCUCACAGGUUAUCAAUGAGGAAAUUGAGUGGCCUGAGGAGGAAGACUGGCAGGUACGUGAUGAUGCCAAGGACCUGAUUACAGGCCUACUGCAGCACGACCCCAUGGAACGUCUUGGGUUAGGUGGUGCACAGGAAGUUAAGGAUCACGUCUUCUUCUAUGGGCUGGAUUGGGCCGGACUACUCAGACAGAAAGCCGAGUUUGUGCCCAAUCUGGAGAACGAAGAGGACACCAGUUACUUUGACUCGCGAGCUGAUCGCUAUAACCACGACCUUGAGACAGAGGACACAGAGGAUGACAUGGAUGAUGCCAUGUUCCACAGCUUCUCCUCCUGCUCGCCGCGUUAUAACAAGGUGUACAGCAAGAUAGAGGAGCUGGAGGAGAGGCGAGAGAGGAUGCAUGGCCCACGACACUCGAGCCCAGUGAAGAAAAUCCCUCCAGACAAAUCCCCGGUGGAGAGAAAAGACUCCAACCAAUCAGAAUGCUCAGACAGCUCUCUAGAAGUGCAGGUGACAAUGAGAAAGGGCAGCUCAACAUCUGACACGACCGGUUCGCGGACGGACGUUAGCACGCUGAAGCUGGAGGAGGAAGUUUUCAGCUCCCCUGAGAUUGGGACACCCAAGUCAAGCCUUGACACGACUGAUACAUCACAGAACGAGAGCGACAACUCACCACAGCAGUCAUCAAGCUCCACAUCUCGCAGCAUACCCAAAUUCUCCAUCUCCACGCUCGAGGACACCGAUCUCUCCAAAGUAGAGUUGUCUCCAGUGGAUGAAAACCGAGAGAAGGGCGCCGACACCAAACAUGUGACCCGCAAAUCUAGUCUGAAGAAAUCCUCAUCUGCCACGGCCCUCUCACUCUACAUCCAACCCACAGAUGAGAUUGUGUCACAGCCAAUGAAUUCUCCUGGGGGUUCCAGCACCAGUUCCCGUGACGCUUCCCCAAGCCGGGAAAUUUCCCCUCUGGCCCGUUCUCUGAAGCCUCCAAUAGUCAUCAAGAAGGGUGCCCGUGGCUUUGGCUUCACCCUAAGAGCCAUCCGAGUCUACCUUGGAGACAGUGACAUCUACACACUACAGCAUGUCGUUGUGGCUGUAGAGGAGAACAGCCCUGCAUUUGAGGCUGGAUUACACCCAGGUGAUCUGAUCACUCACAUUAACGAUGACGCCGUACAGAGCCUGCUGCACACACAGGUAGUCAAACUCAUCCUCAGCAGCGGCUCGCUCCUCAGAAUGCGCUGCGUCCCCAUGGAGAGCACGUCCAUCCGCACCGGCGCCAAGAAGCGUGUCACGCCCGGCAAAAUGGCCAAGAGGUCCCAGAAGAAGAAACACAGUAGGGAGAGGAGCGGGGAGAAGAAGAAGAGCCGAUCCUUACUGAGAAGGUUAAGUAACAGGAAGGUGGAGCAGAUGUUACCUGGCUCUCCUGUAACCCCGAACCGCGCCUUCAGCCCACUUGCCAAGUCCCUGUCUGUCACCGAUGGCAGCACCAACCACUCCACACCACUACGCGUGAGCCGAUCGCCACGCACCUCUAUCUGCUCCACCUCUUGGUCUCCCACAGAUGCCGGGCAUUCGCCAGGAUCAUCCAAUAGCAGCUCUCCUAACUCAAGCGCGCCCAACUCUCCUGCCAGCUCAGCACAGUUCAGCCGGCCUAGUUCCCUGCACGGACUGAAGCAUAAGCUAGCCCAGAGCCUAAAAUCGCCACGGAGGAAGUCUGUACAUAAUAUUCCCCUGUCUCCGCUGGCACGCACGCCAUCCCCCUCCCCACUGCCUCCAUCACCCACACGCAGCCCCAGCCCCCUGGCCGUGCUGCAUGGGCACCAGGUGGGUGCCUCUCAUAUGCCUCAGCAGACAAUCCCAGCAUACCUGAACACCUCAAACCAGGCAUCCACGCUCACGCCCACUGGCAAGAAGGGAUUUUCCCGUCCCAAGAGCUGUGAGCCCAGCUCACCACUGCUCCGGCGUGCACUGUCACCAGACCGUCUGCAUCCUAGUUCCGCAGAGAAACCACCUACCCAUCGCAAAUCAUCCUGGCAAGAGCGGAAAAGUAUCUUUGAAUCUUUCUAAUAACAAACAGUUCAAGGUGUUCGAUACGAUAUUACUGCUGUGUUAUAAGGCCUGACAGGUGAUUUUGUGGUGUCCCAGAUGCUCCUUUCCUCUUCAGCCCCCUGUCCAAGAACAAUGUAUGGUGCUUCUGUCCUGUGGCCUAACCUCUAGAGAACAGCUGGGCUGUUUAAUAGCCUAUGUGAAAAAAGCUGGUCUGUGGAGGAGAAUUCCUAAUGUGUGCGAUUUCCUCAGUUCUUUACCCGAUCACCCAGUCACAUUGCCAGUGUACACACAUAGUUGGCAGACAAGGAUUGAUCUUGACUGAUCAAGAUAUAUAUAUAUAGACAGAGAUAUAUAUAUAAAUAUAUAAACAUAUAUAUUUAUCUUUUCUUGAUGAUCCCAUGUGAUUUUGUUGGGAAAACUGCGUCCCUGCGUUCAACCAUUAAGAUACUCAUUUCGUGCCUGUGGGCUUCAAGUGUUGAUGUUGUGGCCACGUGAAACUUGACUGUUGAUGUCUGUGGUAUUAUCUCGCUGUGGACUGGGAGUAGGGUUCACCUCCCAUAGUGGACUUGAGGGAUGAGGCAUCACUCUGCUUAUUGCUGGUAUUCAGGUAUACAUAAGAGUUUGCUGUGUUACCUGCAGUGUGUGUGUGAAGACAUCAGCUACAACGGCGUUCUGUCUGUAUUGUGAUAUAGCCUUGUAUACUGGCUAAUUUGUUCUGCUCAGCCCAUUUUUUCUGUCACAAAAUUGACAUUUGCUUGCCCAGUAUAAUAGUGAAUAACAUGGAACUUUUACAGACUUCAUGAUAGUGUUUGUGAAGGAUGAAUGACUGUGAUUAUAUGUAUCCAAGUCCACAAUUACUCUUAGUUAUUCUUCUGUGGGAUAUCUCUGUUGUAUUGGUGUGUAUGUAAUAGUAUCCUUGCAUUUUGAUGAUUACCUGUAGUGAAUACAUCAACAAUUUGUAUAUAUUGUUGGCCAGAUGUCUCUAAAGUGUUCAUGUGCAGUGAAAUCUGGUUUGUUGAAACCAUUCUGGGAGAAAACACCCAUUUCAGUAUCUUCAAGGUAGUUUUCUAACUCUUGGAAUCUAAUGAUAUGUUUGUACAUAUGAACUGUCCUAGGUGUACAAUUAUGUCUUUGGUUCGUUUCUGAGGAUGAGGGUUUUAUGUGUAACACAUGAUGCUUAGUCAUAAGGUAACACAUGGUUAUAGUCAAAAGUGCAGCUCAUGGUGUUCAGUCAUCAGUGUAACACAUGAUUAGUGAGGAGUUCAACACAUGAUGUUCAGUCAUCAGUAUAAACACAUGAUCAGUUAUGAGUGCAACACAUGGUGUUCAGUCAUCAGUGUAAACACAUGAUCAGUUAUGAGUGCAACACAUGAUAUUCAGUCAUCAGUGGAAACACAUGAUGUUCAGUGAUGAGUGCAACACAUGACGUUAAGUCGUCAGUGUAAACACAUGAUCAGUUACAAGUGCAACACAUGAUGUUCAGUCAUCAGUGUAAAUUCAAGAUGUUCAGUCAUCAGUGUAACACAUGAUCAGUCAUCAGUAUAACAUGAUCAGUAACACAUUGAUCUAUGCUGCAAGAGUAAUGCAAUGAGAGAGAAUUAAUGCCACAACGCACACUUAAGGCAGACAAGGUAUUUUAUGUCGGGAAUAUAUAAUUUCUAAAUGUCUUAUAAUUAGUUGUAUAUUUUCUGUUUUGACAGCUUUUUUGUUGAAAGCAUUUAUGGCAUUUUUGUGAAGGAGUUUUGAAAUGUAGUUCCAGUCAGUAUUGUAUUUCUUUUGUCUCUGUUUUGUGGCUGAGUCCACUGUGCUAUGUAUGUGCUGAAUGGGAUGCGAUCUGUAGUUCUGAUGCAGGCUUGACUGUUCUUCAUCAACUUACGCUCAUAUUUCUGUAUAUGUACAUAUUGAAAUUUAUAAUGUUUCUAUGUCCAAAAUGGGGAAAUUAGAGUCCUGUAUUGAAAGCAUUACUGCUAUGUUCUGAUAUAAAAGUAUAUAUAUA